AUGUCCUGGCCGUCGUCUACCUCAUCACGCAUAUUCCACAUAUACAACUCCUUCCCGAUACACUACAGGAUAUCGGACCCGCAGAAACGACCACUCUACCACGUCGAUAACUCCUACUUCACCCCCAGCACGCCUGAUCUAAGCCUGCAUCUAGGAGAAGAUAGAAAGGGUCCAUUGGCCGCCGUCUGCAAAUUCGUCUUGUUUUCCACAUGUUCAAAAAUAGGAUUGUCGCCUAACCUUCCAAAGAGCUAUGAUGACCGUCUCAGCAAAGAAGUUUUUAAAACCGCCAAUGUCAGGACAAGUACCGAAGAUAUGACUUGGGAAGACCUAACUCGGGAAAGUCGUGACCAUUCGACGUAUAGGUUUGAGAUGGAUGUUAUGGUGCAGAGUCAGCGGCGGGGACCAGAGCUUGGGCGUCGUGCGUUUGUCUGGAAGAGGACUCAUUCUAUGGGGGUGGAAUCGUCUAAACCGUCCAAGUUGAGUGCGUGCAAUUACAAACUGGUCGAUGAGGAGACCGGUAAGAUUCUAGCAGUUAUUGCGAAUAACGGGCUGAAGAGCAUGAGCAAGAAAGGGAAGAUGGAGCUGUUUGACAUUGACGAAUAUGCGUUUGCGGGCGAGCAGCUUGAUAUCAUGGUUUUGAUGACUGGGAUUGCUCUGCUGGAGAAGGAGAGGAGGAGGAGAGCACAGCGUAGAUAUGAUUAUUAUUGA